AUGAAGCAGCCCCUGCUCUACGCCAGCGAGGAAAGCCAGAUAGCUUUCCGCUGCCAACGUGCUGUGUCCCUUAUCGAGCCUAGCAACGCGCAGGGGGUACAUCAGCGUUGCAAGAAGUGCGAGAAGCCGCAGUACACGCCUCUCCUCUACAAGGGUUUGUGCGAAGAGUGCCUGGCUCCCAGCAAUCAAAUUCACUCAAGCUUAGGCAGGGGCCUCCUGCGCAGCCAGAAACACGGUGCAUCUGGCCUAUGCGACAGAUGUUACACCAGGUUGCCGCAAUGCAAAGGAUGUGCCAGAAUGUUGAAAGUGACUGAGAUGAAAUUCAAGACCGGGCUAUGCGAUGAUUGCUGGGCUUCCUGCAAGAAAGCCUGCUUAAUGUGUGGCUCGACAAUUUCACUCGGCGAGUCUGGCUGGAAAACUGCGAUGUGUAAAGUCUGCUCGAGCGGUCGAGAGGUCAAGUGCAGGGGAUGUGACAAGACAAUCUCGCUCGAGGAAAUUGGCUGGCGAACAGGAGUUUGUAAUGAAUGCUAUGACACUAUUGGCGGAUGCCGUGCAGCUGUUUCGAAGAAGCAUCGCCACAUCCGUUUGUGUGAUGCUUGCUAUGCGAAGUACAACACGACCUGCGUCCGGUGCAACGAGAACAUUCCGGACGACGAAUUGAGAUAUACUUCAGGGUUAUGCGAUUUUUGCUACAAGGAUCUUGACAAGAAAUGCAUUUGUUGUAAGAAAAAGAUUCCACUGAAACAGCUUCGCUGGGGAUCUGGACUCUGCGAUGCGUGCUACAACAAGUCCUGCAUGGAGUGCAGGAUGUGCAGAGCGGCCAUUAGCACUCAGCAGACCGACUUUCAUGGCGUACGUCUUUGUGCAGGAUGCUUCAAAUCCUUGACAGAUAAUGAGAAGACCUGCAGCAAGUGCAACUUCAAGAGCAUUUCGGUUGGUGAUCCCUAUUGGGCAGCUGGCCUGUGCAAAGCCUGUUGGGAAGCGCCAUCGCCGGAAGAGCAAUCACGGCAGAUGGGCAGGCCAGCGAGGCGAUCAAGGGCCAAUUCCUUUGACCAGCUGCCGACCUACUACCGCGCAAGGGCAAAAGCAGGCCGCAGCUUGACUCUCUACAGUGCCAAGUCCAUGUCGCUGCUCAGCGACACCGAGCGGGCUGAGGGCCUGCGGCUGACGCGCAAGGCCCAGGCUCCUUGCCAGCUUUGGCUGCUCUUCUUCUCCUUGGGAGUGAGUGGCUGGUUCUUAUCCAACGCGAUUUUUGCUUCGUUGCCCCUGUUCAUCGCCAAGCUGGCCGAAGGAGCUGGAACUGCGAGCAUAGUCAAUGCCAGCACACAAAUAGGAGCUGUCUUCUCGAUCGCAUACCAUGUCAUCGCGUAUAACCACGACCUGGACCUGAAGGCCAGUGUGUCUGCGAGCAUGGAGAAGAUGAGUGAGCAGCGCCGGAUGUUUAAGGAGGAGCAGGUGCGAAAGAAGGCAGCGGCAAGCGCGGCUUUGGCAGUCCACACUGGUCAGUUUGCUGCGGUGGCUGCGCUGUCCAUCUUCGUGCUCGUGUGGAUGUGCUACGAAUGUACAGCUGAGCUCGUCUUGCUGUCGGCAGUUGCAGGCGCAGUGGGCAAUGUUGGAGAUCUGACUGCGUGGCCGAUUGCACUCCAGCAUCCGAGCCGAUACGCAGCCGCGAUUCAAAUUGGUGGAUCCGUUAGUGGAGUGUUACCCAACCUCAUUGAGGUGGUUGUUGCAAGGUUUGGCAUCGUUUUCUACUUCUGCAUUGUCAUUGUCCUGCAAAUGGGGCUGUGGCUCAUCAUCAGUGCGAAAGACGUGGCUGGCAAGUUUUCUUGCAGCUCCUACUUUUUUGCGGAAAAGGUCAAAUGCAACUGCGCUGGUUGCGAUGGCUGUAGCUUGUUUUCAAAUGGCCAAAGCGCCAACGGUGUGACAAAUGGCGAAACAAACCAUGAGAUGACCCUCGCAAAGCCAAUUUCACAGGACAGAUUGUCGACAUACUCCUCAGAUGCUGCUGUUGGCAUUACUGAAAUGGCCCGAAGGACGGCCGCAGGAAUCUGCGAUGGAAUACAAGGAUUUUACAAUGCUUUGCAGGGCGAUCAAGAAGCAUAUGCAGAUGCUCGCUGGCUUGUUGCAUUCUACACUUCCUGUUCCUUCGUAUCUAGGGCGAUGUGCUACAGCAUCCCUUCUUUGCUGCCCUUCAUCGCCAGUCCGUACGGGCUUCAGAAGCAGCAGAUGUACGAGAGCAUGAAUACAUUGUACAAUCUUGGAAACGUCAUAGGGCGAGUCUUGUGCCAAUGGUACAAGCCGCACAGCUUCAUGCUUGUCUGCAGCUUCAUGCUUGUCCUCGUGACCUUCAUUUGUCUGGUGAUAUGUUCGGUGUGGCCAUAUCGUGUCGCAGCUGUUUUGCCAACAGUUGUGGCAGUGUGGGGCAUACCGAUCAUAGUUGGAAUCUUCAACCUGUCCGUCGGUCUCAUGUCUACUGGCUUGUUUGUCCGAGCGCAUGAGGAUGCACAGAGCAAGCAGUGCCCAGACACAAUCCAAGCAACCAUGGGUUUUUAUGGCCAAAUAGGCUGCGUGAGCGGCAACAUUCUGGUCUUUCUUGUGAUCAACGUUUUCCAUUUGCUGUAG